UCAGGCUGUAAAGCUAAAGCUUUUCAUGCAAUGAAAACAUCAGGGAACACUUCCUGUCCUAACUUAGACUAGUGCAAGAGAAGGGAAUUAACUGAUAAACAGCAGGUUUUCUUUCUGACAGAGAACUUACCAUGGAAUCAGUUGUUUUAUGCUUUGCAAACAUGUUGUUUGUUAUGCAUGGGGUUAUAUUUGGAAUAUCUGUUGGAGACCAGAUGGCAGCAGAAGAAGAUGUUCUAAACACCAAACAAGAAGUUAAGCUACAAUGGGUGUCAACUCCACCAAACAAAUGGACGGAGAAUAAUUUCGCCCUGGAAUCUGACAGGAAACACCAGGUCUAUCAUACCUGCUCUGCAAGUAGCACUUCACAUUCUAUCUGGUUGCGAACUAAGAAGAUUUCCAGAGGUGAAGCAAAGCACCUGUAUAUGGAUAUGCAGUUUGCUCAGGAAGCAUGUCCUCUUAACUGCAACAUUACGUUUAAUGUUUAUGUACAAGUGGAAAACUAUACUGACCAUUUCAUUACAUAUAAUCGUUCCUUAGUAAAACAAAUUUCUACAGAAAGGUAUUUUCUCCCAGAAGCAGUGGGGGAAGAGGGAAUCAACUUUGAGAAGAUCCGUGAGGGGAUGAAUUCCAUAAUGGAUGUAAGUCUCGGGUUUCCCUCAGAAUCAUUUUAUCUGGAGUUUGAAUAUUUUGGAUCCUGUGUAUUCAUCAGUUCAGUCAGAGUGUUUUAUAAAAAAUGCCAUGCUAUAAUUCAUAAUUUGGCAGAGUUUCCCAUUUCCCCUGGGGGAUAUGAUUCAGUAAAAGGCCAGUGUGUACAAAAUGCAUCUGCAGAAACAGAUGUGGUUCAACAGUGCCAGGAAAAUGGUACAUGGACAUUAUCAUCCGGAGGCUGUGCCUGUCAACCAGGGUUUAAAAAAAAGGGAAAUGCUUGUGAAGGACAACCUGCGACUUCUUUAACGACUGUGCAAUUCCUUACACAUGUUGAACCAUACACAUCUCAGCCAAUUAAGGUUUUUGCUGCCAUCUUUACUGGAAUCAUGAUUUUGGUCAUUCUACUACUAGCUGCUUAUAUCCACAGGAAGAAAAUCAAAUCUGGUGACAGAAUGGAACCCAAUCCCCAGAUUAUGCCUGUGAAUCCUGUGAUGAUAUUUAGAAGAGUGAAAGACAACACGUUACAAAACCUCAUGAUCAGUGACACUUUAAAAGAGAAGCUAAAGGACGUCAUUGUGGAAAGAAGCAGGUUGUCCCUUGGCCGAGACCUUGGAUCUGGGGAGUUUGGAUCAGUGUACGAGGGAAUUCUGAAAACACAGAACACUAAAUUAAAAAUAGCUGUUAAAACAAUGAAAGUUGGAAUGUAUGCCCAAGCAGACCUGGAUGCUUUUCUCAUGGAAGCUGAACUGAUGAAGGAUUUUAACCACCCAAAUGUUCUCGGCCUUUUGGGUAUUUCAUUUGAGAAUCGCCCUGAUCAGCAAAUUCCAAUUCCAAUGGUUAUCCUUCCUUUCAUGAGCCACGGAGACUUGCGCACAUUCCUGAUAACUACCAGACAGGGUGAAAGCUCAACGACUAUUCCAGUAGAAAUCGUAAUGAGGUUUCUGAUUGACAUUGCAUCUGGAAUGGAAUACCUUCAUAUCAAGGGAUUUCUUCACCGUGACCUAGCAGCACGAAACUGCAUGUUGCAAGAUGAUCUAACGGUCUGUGUAGCUGACUUUGGCCUUUCCAAGAAGAUUUACAGCAGUAAUUAUUAUCGUCAGAAAGCAGUCAUUAGGAUGCCUGUAAAAUGGAUGGCUCUAGAGAGUAUGGCAGAAUCCAUUUAUACAAUAAAGACUGAUGUGUGGUCAUUUGGGGUCACCAUGUGGGAGGUAAUUACACAAGGGAAGACACCAUAUCCUGGUAUAAGCAACCAUGAAAUAUAUGACUAUCUUCAAGAGGGGAACCGACUGAAGAAAUCACCUAAUUGUCCUGAGAAGAUGUAUUCCGUAAUGAGCAGCUGUUGGCUGGCAGACCCAAAUGAACGCCCUAACUUUUCUGAACUAAAGUCAAGUCUUCUAGAAAUGUAUCCCUCCCUGCCUUCUGUCUAUACUAAAGAUGAGGUAGCGUACAUGAACGUGGGAUUCCUCACUAUGUCUGAGGGCGUGAAUAUCAAUGCAGACCAGAAUGACCAGAGGGAGACAAGCAGAAAUGUUUAUUGCUCUGAGCCUGCACUGUCCAUAGGAAAUUAUGAAGCUGUCCGCAGUGACAAUACUACCAUGGUUGAUAACUGCCAAGUAUUAUUUGUGGAUAUAUAAUUAAUCAAUUAUAUUGCUCUGUGACUGAAUAUCUCUGACUUGCUAAAGUGCCAAAUGUUAUACUGUACUUAUGUGAAAUAAGUUUCUCUUGAUAUUUACUUUUGUUCAAAUGAAAAUUAACUAUAGCAUGAUGUCUUGAGUUGCUAUAUAUAGAUAGGGAGACAUGGCUUCAGCUACCUCUUCUCAAAUUAGUAGUAGCUCUUCUACACUAAUUAAGUUUUAUGAAUAAUGUCAUAUUUAUUAGAUAAUGGAUGCCCUAAAUGUAACACGUUUUUAUAUUUAUUCCUAGGAUUAGGAAUUAAAAAGUGCCUUCAGCAUCUUUUAACCAAAUAAAGCUAAAUGCAAAUGGCAUAGAAAGCAGUUUUGCUGCAGACUGCGUCAUCACUAGCUUUACGUCUAGUAGAAUGUAGAUGUCUCCAAACCAGAUGGAGCAUUACAGCCAGUGCAGGAAGUAUGGAUAAACCAGUAAUUUGAAUAUGCCCAUUUAAUGGUGUAGUUUAUGAACUAUGAUAGCACUUUUCCAGUGGAACUUGUUUUUCAGAGGAGCACUGAAACUUAUCUUUGCUUAUGUGCUACAUUUUUCCAUCAGGUGGAUAUAGUUAAAGGACUGCUAUAAGCAAAAAAAAGUAUGUUUUGAUUCAGAUUUUAAUCUUCUAUGCAGAACCAAUACCACUGCAUCACUAAAUGUAGUAAGUAUUUUGUAUUGUAUUCUACUUCAAAAAGUCAUGGUGGGAGCAACCAUACCUUAGUGUUUUUUUUUUCCUGCCAAAUACUUCUUCAAACACUUCUCUUUGCCCUCACAGUAUAGCAUCACUUUGUUUUUCAUUCUCCUCCCAUCUCUACUUCCACUCGCCUACAAUGACAGUCUGCUGAAUAAAUGUUUUUUUUUUUUUUAGUAUGUCUUGCGACAGAAUCAAAUUUUUCUUUUGGCUCUCACUGUUUUCUUAAAAUAAAACUCUUAAACAGAUUGCUAGUCUCUUUCUUCAUCUUGUAGAAAACAGUGACUAUAUUAAUUAAAAGACUCUACUUGUGUUAAUUACAUGUAGUCCUUCUCCACUCACUCACUUACUCACUGCUUCAGCCAUAAGUGAAGUUUACUGUCCAGUCUUUCAUAUGCUGCCCACUCACAUUUUUAACAAAGAGAAUACAGAGAGACUGUAGGAGCCAAGAAACAGGGAGAAAUUAUGUUAUUAAAGUUGCUUAAGCUGUUGACUCAUGAUAGUCUUAUUACAUCAGAUUUGCUUUAAUGUUUGCCUCACAUUUAUCUGUCACUUUAUGUUUUAGUGCAUAUUAGAGAACAGAGAAAUCUGACAGUAGUUGAUCUUAAUACAGUGGAUAUGGUUUACUCCACAGUAAAGUGAUCUGCAGUAUAGGUAUGACAUUUUUACUGUUAAAUUUAUUUUAUGCUUCCAUUUUUCCUGCUGUUUCUGUUUUCCUGUAAUAAUCCCUGCCUCUCCUCACUGUUCUAGCCUUAUAAUUUCUUUAAUCUCUCUCAACAUGCAGUCUGUAGCACAAUUUUCAAGAGCAGUACUUUUAGACAGGCAGAAAAGCAAAAGCUUUAAAUUGUUUUUUUUUUACUAAAAUAAAUUAAGCAUCAAAAGGGGAUAUUUCCCAUGAGUUGUGAUGAUUUUUUCAUAGAUUAGCAAUGGGUCUUGACAGCACACAAAAAACAGAAAAAGAUAGAAAAAGAAAGAAAUAUAAUGCAUGGGGCAUGUGAGGAUGGCAGAUUAUUAAGAGUUCUUGUUAUUUCAGCAAAACCUGCCAUACAACAUCUGGUGUCAGGUCAUGUCAUUAAAUGGCUGAUUUUUGAAAGAGCCUAACUUACCUCAUGUAUCAUAACAGUUAAUAAUAGGUACCUUUCUCACAGCUCAAAUAAUUUCAUAUUUUUAUUUUAAUGUAUGUUAUAUGCUGAGAUUAUGCCCCCCACACACAUAUACUGCAGUUUUCUACAUCAGCCUAAUCUCUGAAUUCAAGAACAUCAGACUUGUGCAAAGUUACCAUGCCUGCACUAAAGUUUCACUCACCCUCUGCAAAGGAUGACAGCAGGUCUAAGACAACUCAUUCCUUUUUCAUGUAUUAUUUAUUUACUAUUUAGUACCCAGGUGGGUGGGCUGGUCCAUAGACCCUUUUCAGCCAUGACCAAAAAGAAAACAUGCAUAUUCCAGAAGCAUACAAAACCAAUGCAAAAUUGUAUCUUUUUAAAGGGUUUUGGAACAAACAUGCUUAUUGCAGAUACUUAUAGGUUCAUAGGUUCAUAGGUUUAUACUAG